AUGGGAUUGGAGGACUUUGAGAAGGAAUUCGAGGUGACCAAGUCGCGAGAGUCGCGUGAUUCGAAGGAGCACAGAAGUCACCGCCACCGCCACCGGCAUCGAGACGAUCGGGACGGAGAACAUCGACAUCGACAUCGACAUCGACAUCGACAUCGACAUCGACACAGACAUCAAGACGAUGGGGACGGAGACGCAGGACACCGACAUCGCCAUAAGAGACACCGCGAUAGCGACGAUGACAGCGAGCGGAGACAUAGGAAGCGACAUCGCAGCCGAUCUCCACGGCGCGGCAAGGACAAGCCAACAGACGCUGCGAAGGAGGUGAAGGUCUUCGAUUCAGAUGGCGAGGCCGAGGCCGAGGACGAGUGGGUGGAGAAGGAAACGAAUACUGCACCACCAGAGGGGAACAUCCUGGACCAGCGCGAUCAGGACCUGAAGUCCACCAAGCUGCAGCGGGACUCGUGGAUGGAGGAGCCCUCCGGACUGGAGAUCGAGUACACGCAGAGCAGGAAACCUCAGGCUGCUGCUAGCCAAUUUGUUGGGGCAAAGGACACGCACGACUUCAAAGUCCACGAGAGCGACGUCAACAAGCACUUGGCAGAUCUACAGCGGGAUUUCGAUUCAGACGGAGAAGACGACGCUGGAGCGGAACAGGUUGAUGACGAGCCCGCCCAGCAUCAAGUCAACUAUACGUUCGGCGACAAUGGCAGCUCAUGGCGUAUGACGAAGCUAAAGGGCGUAUAUCGAAAGGCAGAAGAUACUGGGAAGACCGUCGAGGACGUGGCUCUCGAGACCUAUGGCGACCUGCGAGACUUCGACGAUGCGCGAGAGGAGGAGCGCGAGAUGGACCGUAGGAAGAUGUACGGCAAAGACUACGUCGGCUUGGAGAAGCCUUCUGGUGAGCUCUUCCAGGAGCGCAAGAUGAAGGCUGGCAUGAGACGGGAAACGCAGGAACAGGAACAUGUGGCAGCAGCAGCAGCAGCCGCAACAUCUCGCCAAGGAGAGAAGAUACCGCAAGCAGAAGCGCCGAUCUUGACCGCAGCUUUGGAUCCGACUGCACUAAACAAGCUGAAAGCCCAGAUGAUGAAGGCAAAGUUGCGCAAUGCGCCUGAUGCUGUCCAGCUGGAGGAGAAGUAUGCUCAAGCUGAAGCUGCAAGUCUAGCCAACAAUGGGCAGUCGGACAUCGUUGUGCUGGGCAAGAUGGAGAACCGUAUGCUUGCAAGUGAUCGCUCUGGAGAAGUCAACGCAGUAUCCGGCAAACGAGGUCGUGAGCGCGGGCUUGUCACAGAGAACGAGGAUAUGUCUAUCGAGGACAUGGUCAAGCAAGAAAAGCGCACUCGUGGUGCCAAUGGCGGUGAAGGCAAGGCCUUUGCAGAACGCAUCGCGAAGGACUCCAAGUUCAAGAAUGACCUCGACUACAUGGACGACAACGCCACGAACCUGUCUAAAAAGGUCAUGAAAUCCGACAUCAAUCUACGCAACGCUGCAGUAGGCGACUUUCAGAAGAUGCAGAGAAUCCUCGAAACCUGCCCACUCUGCUAUCACGAAGAAUCGAACCAACCUCCUACAGCACCGGUCGUCAGCCUCGCAACCCGAACCUACAUGACCCUUCCCACAGAACCCGAAAUCGCUAAAGGCGGUGCCGUCAUAGUACCGCUCCAACACCGUCUCAACCUUCUCGAAUGCGACGAUGAUGAAUGGGAAGAGAUUCGCAACUUUAUGAAAUCGCUCACCCGUCUCUACCACGCUCAAGACAAGUCCGUGAUAUUCUACGAAAACGCCGCUUUCAGUCAAAGUCGUAGAGGUCACGCCGCCUUGAACGCCAUUCCACUGCCGCGUCAUCUGGCAGAAAAUGCACCAGCGUACUUCAAAGAAGCUGUUCUCGCAAGCGACGAGCAAUGGAGUCAGCAUAAACCGAUCAUUGACACUCUCGCCCUGGUGCAAAAACCCGGGUAUGGCAAAGCUGCGUUUCGGAAGGCGAUGGUGAAGGAGAUGCCUUACUUCCACGUCUUCUACACCCUCGACGGUGGCAUGGGCCAUGUCAUUGAGGACGAGAGGCGGUGGCCGAAGGGCGAUCUGUUCGCGAGGGAGAUCAUCGGUGGCAUGCUGGACAAAGGAAUCGAAGUGAUUAAGAAGCAGGGCCGAUGGGAGAAGCAUGAUCGGAGGCUGGAGGGGUUUAGGAAGAGAUGGGACAAGUUUGAUUGGACUAAGGUCCUGAUGGAGGCCCAGGGCUAG